CCCCACCCCCCUCUUGAGGUUCGAUUCUACUGUUGGGCUGCUUUUUUGAACUCUUCUCCUGCAGCAUUGCACAUGGCAUUGCCACGAGCAUGGACAUUGGGUUCACCUCCAACCAUUGUGUUAUUCGUCACUUGUUUUUCAGCACGGUAGAGCAUAGCGUACAAGGCGUUUUGGCUUGGCGGUCAACUGGUUUCAGUCUCCGCAUUUUUCUCUUGAUACUGAUUGCACCGCCUGAGGUGGUAGAAGGCCACAGUAGAUCUUGUCGCUUUCCCGUCUGUUUGGUUUCUUGGCGCGACCUCGACACAGAGGUCUCUCUCGGGCAUCACGGGGAUGGGAGGGAUAAAAAGCGAGUGACAUUGGGCGCGAAGGCAUCUUCUUCUUUCUCUUCGCAAAACUUGUUUUCUUUUCAUAUUGCAGGCUUCGACUUUUUGGCGUUGGCGGGAAACACAUCUCGAGUGGCUUUAGUCAUUUCUGGUUUCAUGGGGCACGAAAAAAAUCCCGCAUGAGUUGCAUUGUGUGUUUGGUUAUGGUAGAUGAAUACUUGUCCAUAAGACAAGCUGGUGGAUGGCUUCUAAUACAUGAUGAAACGCAUACUUCAUUGACGAUGCU